AUGGAGUACGAGGUAAUGUGGGGCGAUGGCCCAUUGGGAUUGACACUACGACCUGAUUUGGGUGAGGAUAUGCCGCCCGUGGUAGGCCGUAUUACGCGCCAGGAUUCAGCCGCAGCGAUGGCGAAAGUGGCGGUGGGUCACAUGCUUGUGAGCAUUAACGGAAUGGACACAGCCCGCAAGGGCUAUGAUCUUGUGGUGGAGACGCUGCAGAAGAUACCACGUCCAGCGACACUUCGAUUUCGCGUACCACGCGCGAUCACAGGCGGUGCCAACUCAUAUCGCGACCCGUCGCGUAGUUCUUCACGCCGUAGCCGUGGCUCUACCGGUACCUCGUGGUCAGAUUCUGGCAAGCCCACACCCAGUACUAGUUCGACGACGCGAAGACGUGAGCAAUAUACGGUGGUAUGGACGGAGGGUCCUCUGGGGAUGAUCCUUCGUCCCGAUGACGAUGAUUGUCACGUACCUUGCAUCCGUAAGAUUACAGGAAAAGGUGCUGGCACGGGAAUGGAGCGAGCUACAAUGGGGGAUAUUCUUGUAGCAGUAAAUGGUCAGGAGACUAAGGCCCUGGGCUUUCGGAGCACGAUUUCGCUGUUGAAGACCAUUAGAAAGCCAGCGGUGCUAAAGUUCAAGUGCAUGGGGCGGCGCAUCUCACGCAAGAAAUCUUCUCACGAAUCUGUAGGUAGUCGCAGUAUAAGUGGCGUUCCGAGCGAUACUGGGUCGUAUGAUAUCGUAUGGCGUGAAGGCGACCUUGGUCUUAAGCUGAAGCCUGGAUUUCGUGAUGUUCCAGUCCUCAGUAAACUAACUGGAAAAGGCAAUGCGAGUGGCCUACAAAAUGCUCAAGUAGGCGAUGAGUUGGUAUCGGUGAACGGAACACAGGUAGAAGGUGAGGCUUAUCAAGAUACACUGCGUAUGCUGAAGCAUUCGCCAAAGCCAGCUGUGCUGCGUUUCCGUCCUGGAAAGAACCGGCGCGAGUCGAUGAUGUCCGCAGUGUCUGUGUCAUCGGUUAGCUCGAAUCCGAGUACCCGGCGUGAAGUAACGAAAGUUAUAAGUCGCCAACACAUACCUUUUUACGACGGCAGCGCUGCACCGCCCGAACCUGUAGGUCUGUCGCGUCCACUCAAAUCUUCGCGGAACGAACGCGAACGGUCUGACCGUGAACGCCCUAGCCGUGAACGCCCCAGCCGUGAACGUCAUGACUUUGAACGUGCUAAUCUUGAGCGCCCUAACCGUGAACAUCCUGACCGUGAACGACAAAAACGGAAGAAACGCAUUCCGUUAGAUGUAGCAUGUGAACUGGUGGCAGCGUCGCAAGGGUCCGACUUGGAUCAUGCUAUUUUUGCUGGUAUUCCUAUUACUGCCAUUGAAGAAGGCUCCAAGGAAGCGCACCUGCUUCGCGUUCAGGCGAAACUUUGCAUUUCGAAUCAGGCUAAAAUUGAGCGCGUCACCCCUGCAAAGGAGGCGUUAUCGCGUGCAGAACAGGAGGCUAGGGUGCUUCAGGAGGCACUUGAAAAGGUGAAAAGCCAGGCGAAGAAGUAUGAAGAAAUUUUGGAAGCACAGUCACGUGAGCGAGUACUUGCGAUGGCAGUGCAGCACAAACCAGAAGAAGUGGUGAAGCGCCAGAACAACGUGAUUAACGAGUUGGCAGGUGUGAUAUCGGGUUUCAAACGCGACUCCUACACCAAUGUGGAUAUUGUUCCACCGGUAAUUGAAGACAAUGAGCAUGUGCAAAAGAUUAUGGACGAUCUGCAGAGUGUUAUGAGCAUACCAGUAGUUGUUCCGACGGCGAAAUUCUGUGCCGAGUGUGGUACUACAGAAAAUGAGUCGAAGCUAGAUAUGGACGGUGACGGUGAGUAUUACUGCAAGGAUUGCUGGGACAAGUUCCUUAAUCUAUCUGGUUCUUCUCCGGCUGAGGCAACAAUUGCAGAAGCGCCAGCGCCAGUGGUUGUACCGCAAGCUUUAGUAGAGGAACCCCCCGUGACUGCCGUACUAUCACCAGCAGUGGAUGUAGAAGAAGCGGCUGCGUCUAUGCAAGAUGCGGCAUCGCGGUCUACAAGUCGCGUGGCUAUUGAAGACCGGGAGGCUGAGGAGCAAAAAGCGCGUGUUGAAGCUGAGCGCAAGCUUAUGGAAAUCAAGGAGCUUCGUCGUUCAGGAUCUGUUGUACCUGAGCGGCAGUUGCACAAGAAUAACGCGGACCGUUCGCGGCGAGAGCGUCGCGGUUUGGAGGAGCUUGCUCAAGCGCUUCUUGAAGAAGAAGAACGCGCUCGUGCAGAGGGUAAUCUUGGCUUGGCUAAGAAGCUGAGUGCCCAACGCGCGCGCACUAUGGCAGAGACAUCUGGUGACGGUCCUCCUCCGGCGAUGUCGCCGUUUUCGUCCAUGGGCAACUUGCUUGUCAAUGAUGAUGCCGAGUAUAGUAACGGGCAUGACAGUUCUUUGGAGCCAAGUUUGACACAUGUGGAUUUACCACUACCGGGAUUGAGUCGCUCAGUUAGCGCUGAUUCGAGCAUACCUCCCAAAAUACCAGUCUCAGAGUCGCCUAUUUCACCCGAUCCCACACCGUCUCCUGUUGUUGCAGUGGAUACACCUUACAAGCCGGAAGCUGCAUCGGCAGUUGGGACAACAACUUCAGUAGAGACAGCUGCCGUUGCGACGGAUGCCCCUGGUUCACCGACUACAACUGCAGAUGCUACAGCGUCUUCAUGUGGUGGUAAUGAUUACGCUGACGUCAACUCUGACGAGGAGGCCGAAGACCAAAUGCAAAUGAGUGAUGAUGAGGACGUGCUUCGGGAGGUGGAGGAAAAGAACUUUGCGCUAGCACGGCAGCUAGAUGAGGCUCAUAGUGUCAUUGAGCGUGCGCGUAUGUCUAUUAGCAUGUCCGGGGAUGAUGACGAUGAUGAGGCCACUGAUGGCUUGAGCGAGGAGCAGAUUAGUUUAUUUAAGAAACUAACGAGUCAGGCAGAUGAACGCAUGUCCAUGGUGGAUCGCCUGCACCCACAGGACGAUUCGGACUCAAAUUCAGACUCAAACUCGGAGGAAGAAGAGGAAGAAGAAGACGAAGGCGUGUGGAUUUAG